AUGCAGAGUUGCUACACUCUUCUUAUGCUCCUGCACCGACUUCGCGCUUCGUUGGCAACAGAUCGUCUUGCUAAUUGCUAUCACCUCCUCUACGAGCCGAGUCCUGAAUCGGAGAUUGCUGAUGCUGAGCGGCUGACUGAAGAGCUACGGCAUGGCGUGCAAACCUUGGGGAGAUCCUUGAAGUCAGAUGUCAUCUUCGAGGGUGUUGGGGGCAUGGGGCGUGAGAUCGAGGGUGCAUAUCUGGCGGCAUUCCCUGGUAGCUCUGAGAUAUAG